UAUUGAUCCUGCUGAGGAAAGAAUCGAUCCUCGAAACAAAUCAGUCCCGUUAACAUCAGCAGCGUCAAUGCCUCGGGGAUCGAUCCUCCUCCCCUGGAUUAAUUCCAGCUGUUUACAGCAGUCUGACAGAAAACGGUCAAACAGUCUGACUGAAUCUUUUCAGAGACUCGGAUCGUGAAGGGACUGAAGUUUGAGGAGAAACAUGUAUUUUUUCGCAGUGUUGGUCCUGUUGGGAACAGAACUGAGGACAGUCAGCAGCGUUAAAUCCAGCGUGACCUGCACCGAGACCACGAUGACGGUGGCCAUUGAGAGAGCUUCGUACCCUGGACUCCUUGUUGGUCAUCUGCAGCUCCUUAAACCUGCCGACACCCGCUGCAGCUUCCAGUCCAACAGCACCCACAUCUACGCUGUCGUCCCCCUCAGCAAUUGUGGCACUGAGAUCCAGGAAGAUGAAAACAACCUCAUUUUCAAGAAUGAAAUCACGUCGGUCGACAACACCAAUGAAGUGAUCACCAGAAAAUGUGAGGUGAAGGUGCAGUUCCAGUGCCAGUACCCCAAACGGGGAAAAGUGAAACAGACCUUCUCAGCCCACAGAGAGAACGUCACGGUGUUGGAGAAAGGCUUCGGCAGGUUCACCUACGAGUUUGAGUUCUACCCUGACAGCCAGUACAGGAACGUGAUCUCCGCCAGGUCGUACCCUCUGGAGUGUCAGCUCAGGAGCAGGAUGUUCAUGCAGAUAAAGGCCACCACUACACUCAGCAACACCGAGCUGUUUGUGGAGUCCUGCAGCGCUGCACCAUAUGACAACCCAAACUCCAUGCCAACCUACCCCAUCAUUGACAGAGGGUGUGACAAGGACUCGACUGUUAAACGCCAUCCCUCCCCCACCAAGAGACACUUCAGGUUCAGCAUGGAGGCCUUCAAGUUCAUCGGUCUGCAUGACCAGGUGUACAUCAGCUGUUCAGUCAUGAUGUGUGAAAUGGAGGCCGACAACACCAGGUGCUCUCAGGGAUGCAUCAACUCUGGACGGUUAGGACGUCACGUAAGAAGCGAGGCUGUCACCCAGACUUCAAGGCACCUGGUUUCCCAGGGUCCCCUCCGCUUAAAGAGAUCAGCAGAAGGUGCUGAAAGUCCAGUGAUGAACCCGAACCUGAACCUGAACCUGGUCUUCAUCGCUGGAUGUCUUCUUGCAGCCGUCGGCAUGAUCUGUGCUGUGGUCAUGUACAAAACCAAAGUGUCAGAGGUCAAAUACCAACCUCUGAACGCAUUUGAGAGCGUUCCAGCAGCAUGAGCAGAAUACAGGUUCUGUUUUAUUUACAUCUGAAGAUCUCAGGCUUGCUUUCGAUUUGCUUGCUGCCAGACAGGAAGUUUUAUAUGCUGCUGCUGCGAGAUCAGGCUCAGCGUUUACUGUCGGGGGAUUGUGUUUAGCUUCACAGCUGCUUUUACUACUAUGCAUGACGGUAUGAUGUCAGGCAAGUACCUGUAUGUUAUCCAAUCAUACCUGCGUCAAAGGACACCAUUACAUGUCGAAGUCCUUUACAGCUCAAUCUAAGUCAGUCAUGAUACUCUUGUUUAUUGCAUCAUUGAAACAACACAUUCUGUCUGUUCCUUUAUAUCCAACACACACAAACACACACCUGAAUCUGAACCUGUGGCCUAAAACUGAGCUGUUUCCCAGUAAGAGACAGGUCUCUUAGCAGAUGACUUCAGUUAUCUGUUCUCGGGUCAAAGACAUAAAACAGAAAAGCAGAAGAAACGAGAUUUAAUGUUUGAUAAAAGGACUCAUACAGUUUCUAAUGGAGUAAUCAUUUCUGUUGACACGAUGCAAUAAACAAUAACCAGUAAAGAUAUUUUUUUAAUUAUGGAUUAAAGUAUUUUCAUAAUAAGACAUUUCAAAUAUAAGCUUUUAAUGCUUAAAGUUGCAUUUUUUUUCAGUCGUCUGUUUCUUGUGUUUAAGAGAUCUUAAGACUUCUUUCUUCUCGUGGUCCAAAUCUCUCCUGGUACUCCGACCAGCUGCACAGCUAACAAGCUAACAGUAGCUACAGUCAUAAAUAUCGACCUUAGAAAACAUCAUGUGGUUGUUUUCUGUCCAGGAAAAAGCCUCAGUCUACAGCCAAGUGAUGAUCCUUCUCUUAUCAGGUCGAGGAUUCAAAUUUGACUCCUUUUCAUUUCUUUGUAUUGGCUCGAUUGUAAAUGUGUUUGACCUCCAUGAUCUCCCAAAUAUAAAGAAAUAAAGA